AACUUGGCAAUAAUCAUCCGAAUAUUUUACCGUCUUCCUUUUGUCAGCCCGCCUGUCACUGAAACCCCCAGUAUUCCGCUCUCCCAAUUCAAAUUCGAACAGAAAACACAGUCGGUGCGUGUAAAUGGGACAUCGGAAUCUUGAAAAUCAACAACACCAGGCAGUGGAUGGGCUCCUAAACCUCUUCUCGAAAGCCAAUCGCGACCUUUCCAUGGUGUACAACAAACUCCAAAAGGAGUUCCAGCAAGUUUACCCCGACCAUGCUAAUCCCAUGAAGCUUGUGACACGGUUGAAGAAAAUUGAAGAGGAAAUGUCAUCUUUAAAGAACCAGUGUCGCGAGCUACUCACAGCCAAACAGGAUUUAAUUGAUAAAGCCAGAACGAUCUUAGAGGGGAACAGGUCAAUGGUGCAGAGGUUGCAAGCAUCCACGGGCAUUCCUAUCACCAGUGAGAGUGAUGAUCCUGCUUAUGUGAGCUUCAAUCAGGUAAUUGAUGAAUGGACAGCUCAUGUCAGAUCCAGAACUGAGGACGAAAUGGAAGUGUCACCCUCGGAUAAUAUCAACCAGUUGUUAUUCUCAGCAAUCGUCCAAGGUGACUAAAUCGUUGACUAGUUUUGUCUCUAACAACGAUGAUCAUAUAAUCAGGAAAUGUUCGAGAGAUGAUUCUCUUACAUGUUUGUGUUAGUUAAAUGUAUCAAACUACUUUUGUUUGUUCUUUUUCUUACUGAGUUUUAUUCCAAGCAAGCGUAAUGCAUAUGUUCACUCAUUUUCUUCAGUGAACUCUUAAA